UUGAAACAAAUCCUCCAUCAGAUUGUCUUGAGGAUGAAGAAACGAAACAGAAAAAGUUAAAAGAAUAUGUUGAUGAAGCAGCAAAGAAGUCUUCAGAGCAUCUCGAGUUGCUUUUAUUAGAAGAAGAAAUGUUAAAAAAAAUCGAAAAACACUAUAAAUACAAUCAGUAUUACGCCAGAAAAAUCACGACUUAUUUAACCAAAAACUUACUUGCUUUUGCGGUUGAAAACAAAGAAACACUAGUAACCAAAGAAAAGGAAAAAUUGAGUGUUCUUAUUGAUUCGGUCCCUGAUUUUUCGCAACAAUUACUUUACCUUCUUAGUAAUUUCACAGAUAUUACUAUUGGCGUUCAGAAAAGGCAACAAGAAAGCUGGGAUUGUCAGCAAGAAGAAAAAGAACAAAUUCAUAAUUUUCUCGUUAUUAGACGUGGAAAAAAACCACGAAAAGGUAGCUCAGUGGCAGAGCGUCCGGCUGUUAACCGGUUGGUUGUAGCCGUGGCUCGCAAAUCAGUUCACCAAAAAAAGCCUCAACAAAAGCCGGGAAAGACUAAAAAUCCUCAAUAA